AUGAAAGAAGCCAGGAAAGAAACUGAGGCACUGAUGUAUGGUGCCAUUGACGAGCUUUUUGCCAGGACAUCUGUAAAACCCAAGGACAUUGGAAUCUUGAUUGUCAACUAUCAUUCAAAGCUCGUUUCAAAUUGCACAAAGGUGUUGACGACUAGUGCUUUAGCUGUGUUACCCACGAAGAAGAUGACGCCGGGCAUAUCUCAUCCACCUCCCCGCCUUGGUCGUCGAGGCUCGAGAAGGGUCCUUGAGAGAUCCGGGCUUGGUGAUUCAACAUAUCUUCCAGAGGCUGUAUUCAACAUUCCUCCGAAUCCCUCAAUGAAAGAAGCCAGGAAAGAAACUGAGGCACUGAUGUAUGGUGCCAUUGACGAGCUUUUUGCCAGGACAUCUGUAAAACCCAAGGACAUUGGAAUCUUGAUUGUCAACUAUCAUUCAAAGCUCGUUUCAAAUUGCACAAAGGUGUUGACGACUAGUGCUUUAGCUGUGUUACCCACGAAGAAGAUGACGCCGGGCAUAUCUCAUCCACCUCCCCGCCUUGGUCGUCGAGGCUCGAGAAGGAUCCUUGAGAGAUCCGGGCUUGGUGAUUCAACAUAUCUUCCAGAGGCUGUACUCAACAUUCCUCCGAAUCCCUCAAUGAAAGAAGCCAGGAAAGAAACUGAGGCACUGAUGUAUGGUGCCAUUGACGAGCUUUUUGCCAGGACAUCUGUAAAACCCAAGGACAUUGGAAUCUUGAUUGUCAACUAUCAUUCAAAGCUCGUUUCAAAUUGUUUAUUUCGGAUGGGAGGAGCUCUUAUACUUCUUUCAAAUAAGAGCUCAGACAGAAGAAGGUCCAAAUAUCGAUUGGUUCAUACUGUUUACACGCACAAAGGUGUUGACGACUAG